AUGGUGAAUAACAAACGCAACUGUAACCUUAAUCUCCAGUAUUCAACGAUCAUCGAGAUGGAGGAAACUAAAAACAAUGAUGAAACAAGUGGCACCAUUGAUGAGGGUGGUGAACAUGAAGAAAAAAGUGGUACUCUUGAUGGAUAUUGUAUAGAUGAGGAAAAAAGUGGCACUCUUGAUGGAUGUGGUGAAGAGGAAGUCGAAAGUUGUUUACAAUACAAUGUCUGUGACGAAGAGGUCAAAAGUGGUAUAAUUGCUGGAUGUGGUGGUGAUGAGAAAAAAAGUCUUACAUUUGCUGAAUUCGACGAAGACGAAUAUUAUUGUCAUUCAAUUGAUGGUAAUGAAACGUCUUCUUCAGAUAUGUCUUUUAGUGGUAAGAUCGAAAAGCAAAUGAUUCGAGGUUUAGAAGGUCUAAACACCACUGCACAGACUCUUGAGCGUAUAUGGGUAGGGCAAAUAUAUGAUAGUAAGGAAGAGUUGCAGUUUAAGUUACGUAUGAUCACAAUUUUUCAGAAUUUUGAUUAUACAACCAUCAAGUCUACAAAAACUUUGCUAGUGCUGAAUUGUUAUGUCCCUGGUUGUUCUUGGAGGAUCCGUGCAUCAACGAUUAGAAGAUCUUCUCAAUUUAAGGUACGAAAGUACAUAGAUAUUCAUACAUGUCCUGUUACUAAAAGGUGUUCUCGUCAUCGACAAGCAACAUCAAAAUGCUUUGGAGAGUUGUAUUUGGCAAAAUUUGGAAAAAUUAGUGUAGGAAUAAGACCUAUGCAUAUCAUGGAUGUGAUGAAGGCAAUGUAUGGUAUUGACAUUGAUUACUGGAAAGCAUACAAAGCAUUAGUGCAUGCACGUGAGAUGGUAAGAGGUACAUGGGAGAGUGGGUAUGCUGAUUUGCCUUCUUUUCUGCAUAGAAUUAAGGCAGCAAAUCCAGGUACAAUUACCGAACUUGAAUGCGAUGAAGAAGAUAGAUUUAAGUAUUUAUUCAUUGCAUUUGGUGCAUGUAUCAAUGGUUUUCAGUUUAUAAGAAAUGUGAUUGUGGUGGAUGGGACUCAUUUGAAAGGAAAGUUCUUGGGUGUUUUGCUUGUAGCUGUUGGGCAAGAUGGAAAUGGUAAGAUAUUCCCCCUAGCUUUUGGAAUUGUAGAUUCUGAGAAUGAUGUUGCAUGGGAGUGGUUUCUAACUCAGUUACGUACAAUAUGCCCCGACCAUCAAGAGCUGGUUUUGAUUUCUGAUAGACACAAAUCGAUUGGUAAAACAAUUAGCAAGGUGUUUCCAUUAGCUCAUCGGGGAAUAUGUACAUAUCAUCUCCAUCAAAAUCUUCUCAAGAAUUACAAAGGUAGUAGUUUAUUGAUCUUGGUAAAAAGAGCCAUGAGAGCUUACAGAGUUUCUGAGUUCACUACGAUAUUCAAUGAAAUUCGAAUUCAAAAGCCUGAGCUUGCGACAUAUUUGGAGAAGGUUGAUGUUCGUUUGUGGUCUCGAGCAAAUUUUCCAGGAAAUAGGUAUGGUAUAAUGACAAGCAACAUCGCCGAGUCUAUGAAUAAAGUUCUUUUAAAUGCACGUGAAUAUCCUAUUGCUUGUUUAUUAGAUGAGUUACGAAAGUUGAUUUCAAAGUGGUUUAUGAGACGUCGGGAGCGCGCUAUGUCACAACCAACUCUGUUCACUCCGAAAGUUGAAAAAACAUUGAAAAUAAGAACUGUUAUUGCCAAUACUCUUUAUGUGCAACACAUAGAUGCUCAUCGUAGCCAUGUCACUGGCGGUGAUCUUGCUUGUGUCGUUGAUCUACAACAGAUGCGUUGCACUUGUCGCGUUUAUAAUAUUGAUAAGAUUCCAUGUGAACACGCUCUUGCUGCUGCUAUGAAGCGUCCCAAUCUAUCCGAAGAAACACUCAUACAUCGUUACUACACAAAAAUCUAUUGGUACAAUGCAUAUGUUGAGUCUAUUAAUCCAGAAGAUGUUGAAUUGGAGUCUCCGCUUGAUAUAGCAAACAAAAGAUGUCUUCCACCGGAGGAAAUUCGUGGUGCUGGUAGACCAAAGAAGUCAAGAUACCUUUUUGCACUUGAAAAGGCGAUGGAGGCACAUGAAUGUCCUGCUUAA